GAGGUGCUAAAUAGCACCAAGGACAAGAGGCUCGGCUCAGUGCGAGCCACCCACUGCACGGGCUGACGGAGUCGGAGAUGACAAGAGGCAGCAUGGAGAAUGUGGAGGUCUUCACUUCGGAGGGCAAAGGCAGAGGUCUGAAGGCCACGAAGGAAUUCUGGGCUGCGGACGUGGUCUUUGCCGAGCGGGCUUAUUCUGCAGUGGUUUUCGACAGCCUCGUUAACUUUGUGUGCCACACCUGCUUCAAGAGGCAGGAGAAACUCCACCGCUGUGGGCAGUGCAAGUUCGCCCAUUACUGCGACCGCACGUGCCAGAAGGAUGCUUGGCUGAACCACAAGAACGAGUGUUCCGCCAUCAAGAGAUACGGGAAGGUGCCCAAUGAGAACAUCAGGCUGGCAGCCCGCAUCAUGUGGCGGGUGGAGAGAGAGGGCACUGGGCUCACAGAGGGCUGCCUGGUGUCGGUGGAUGACUUGCAGAACCACGUGGAGCACUUUGGGGAAGAGGAGCAGAAGGAACUCCGGGUGGACGUGGACACGUUCUUGCAGUACUGGCCGCCACAGAGCCAGCAGUUCAGCAUGCAGUACAUCUCACACAUCUUUGGCGUGAUCAACUGCAACGGUUUCACUCUCAGUGACCAGCGAGGCCUCCAGGCAGUGGGCGUGGGCAUCUUCCCCAACCUGGGCCUGGUGAAUCACGACUGCUGGCCCAACUGCACUGUCAUAUUCAACAAUGGCAAUCAUGAGGCAGUGAAAUCCAUGUUUCACACGCAGAUGAGAAUUGAACUCCGGGCCCUGGGCAAGAUCUCAGAAGGUGAGGAGCUGACAGUGUCUUACAUCGACUUCCUCCACCUCAGCGAGGAGCGCAGGCAGCAGCUGAGGAAGCAGUACUACUUUGACUGUUCCUGUGAACACUGCCAGAAGGGGCUGAAGGACGACCUCUUCCAGGCAGUGAAGGAAGACCCCAAGCCCUCCCCGGAAGUGGUGAAGGAGACGGUACAACUCUCAAAGGAUACUCUGGAAAAAAUAGACAAGGCUCGCUCUGAGGGUUUGUAUCAUGAGGUAGUGAAGCUGUGCCGGGAGUGCCUGGGGAAGCAGGAACCAGUGUUUGCUGACACCAACCUCUACGUGCUCCGGCUGCUGAGCAUCGUGUCCGAGGUCCUCUCCUAUCUCCAGGCCUUUGAGGAGGCCUCGCACUAUGCCAGGAGGAUGGUGGACGGCUACAUGAAGCUCUACCACCCUAACAACGCCCAGCUGGGCAUGGCUGUGAUGCGGGCAGGGCUGACCAACUGGCAUGCUGGCCACAUCGAAGUGGGGCACGGGAUGAUCUGCAAAGCCUAUGCCAUUCUCCUGGUGACACACGGACCCUCCCACCCUAUCACCAAGGACUUAGAGGCCAUGAGGGUGCAGACAGAGAUGGAGCUGCGUAUGUUCCGCCAGAAUGAGUUCAUGUACCACAAGAUGCGGGAGGCUGCCCUGAACAACCAGCCCAUGCAGGUCAUGGCUGAGCCCAGCAAUGAACCAGCCCCGGCUCUGUUCCAUAAGAAGCAAUGAGGACCUUGUGGGAGAGUGGGGGGCAGUGUGGUUGGGGAGCUGGGGAGAUCAUUACCCUGGGUCCCCCACUGUCAUUUUGGUUCAGUUCAACUUGGCUUAGCUCUAUCUCACCCCAGACCAACUCUUUCUGUUUGUGUCAGGUGCUAGGUUGCAUCAUCUAUUUAAUAAAGAAGCCCAACUAUAAUUG